AUGAUUGAAGCAGUCGUGGGCGAUUUGACGCCCACUAGGGCGGCCCUAUGGUUUCUGGGGCUAUUCACGGCUUUCUGCGUGUUUCGCAAGUUCCAAGCUUCUGCGCAGAUCGCCCGAAUGGGUGCUCGUGCUCCCAAAGUCAAGUUUCGUCUCCCAUAUGCUCUCGACUUCAUCUACAAGGGCCAAGUUGCCAACCUCAAGCACGAGGAUAUCGAAUUCUGGAAUGAUACCAUCAUGGCAGCCAGCGGCCGCGACAACUGCAAGACCGCCGAAGUCGAUGCUGGCAUCUCUACCCGCGUGGUGCUAACCAUGGACCCCGAAAACAUCAAGGCGCUGCUCACUGGCCAGUUCGCGGACUACGGCAAAGGGGAGCCUUUCCACCGCGAGUGGAAGGAGUUCCUUGGAGACAGCAUCUUUGCGACGGACGGCGAGCUAUGGUCGCGCUCGCGCCAGCUCAUCCGGCCCAUGUUCGCGCGUGAGCGACUCGUCGAUACCGAGAUCUUCGAGAAGCAUAUGCAGAAGCUUAUCCCCCUACUCGGCGGUGACCCUAACGGUAGCAAGGUCGUCGAUGUUGGUUCGCUGUUCUUCCGGUAUACUCUCGACGCGGCGACCGACUACCUCCUCGGCCAGGGAACCGACAGUCUCGAGAAUCCAGCUACACGCUUUGCCGAGGCGUUCAGAUAUGUGCAACAACGACAAGCGGAACUUUUCCGAUUCGGCGUCUUCAACUUUGCCAUGUCACGCACUGAAUUCCGCCGCAAUCUUAAAAUCAUGGAUGGCUUCCUUCAGCCUUACAUCGAGACCGUGCUGGCCAUGUCUCCAGACGAACUAGACCAAAAGCUCUCCAAACGUGAGACGUUCCUUCACGCCCUGGCCCGCUUCACCCGUGACCCCAAAGUCCUCCGCGACCAACUCGUCGCCGUCCUCCUCGCCGGCCGCGACACUACCGCCGGUACACUCUCCUUCUGUCUCUUCGAACUAGCCCGCCAUCCCAAAGUCGUCGCCAAACUACGCACCGAGAUCCGCGAUAGACUCGGCGUCGGCGCUGACGCCCAGAAACCCUCGUACGAUGAUCUCAAGACGAUGAAGUAUCUCAAUGCCGUGAUCAACGAGACUAUGCGCUUCUACCCGGUCGUUCCCUUUAAUGUCCGCUAUUCGCUGAAGGAUACCACCCUCCCUCGCGGCGGUGGGCCAGACGGACAGUCCCCCGUCGGUGUACGCGCCAACACUCGCGUUAUCUACUCCACGCUCCUUAUGCAGCGUGAUCCGGAUCUGUAUGAUGGGCCGGAAUCGAAGAAUUACUUUGAUCCGGGCCGGUGGAUUCCUGAGCGUUGGGUAGAGGGGUGGCAGCCGCGGCCGUGGCAUUUUAUUCCGUUCAAUGGAGGUCCACGAAUCUGUAUUGGGCAGCAGUUUGCGACUAUUGAGAUGGGGUAUACUAUUAUUCGGAUUUUGCAGGCUUAUGAGAAGAUUGUCGCGCUGCCGGUUAAUGGAGAGGAUUGUGUUAAGGAUCCGGUGUUGAGGUUUGAGGUUACUCUUAGUCCUGGGGCGGAGUUUAAUUGUGUCUUUGUUAAGGAGGGGGAGGAGGCUGUUAAGGCUGGUGUUUGA